UGCAUGAUAGGGAACUGACACCGCCGGUGGAGGGCACUCAGUAAUACAGCUCAAGCUACGGCGUCUCGGUUUGGACAAAAAGUGUCGUUUCCAGUCCAUCAAUGACGAUGGGUGACACGAUUUUUGAAGAAUUAGAAGAUUUGAUGCAUUUUUCUGUCGCCGAUUUGCCCGCUCGUGGAUAUGCAGUGAUGGAGGAGAUCCGACGACAAGGGAAACUUUGUGACGUUACCCUAAAAGUAGGAGAGCACAAAUUCAGUGCUCACCGAAUAGUCCUUGCUGCUUCUAUUCCGUACUUUCAUGCCAUGUUCACCAAUGACAUGGUGGAAUGCAAACAGGAUGAGAUCGUCAUGCAGGGCAUGGACCCCAGUGCACUUGAAGCCCUAAUAAACUUUGCCUACAACGGACACAUAGCCAUAGACCAACAAAACGUCCAGGCCCUCCUGAUAGGGGCCAGUUUCCUGCAGCUUCAAAAUGUCAAAGAUGCCUGCUGCUCUUUUUUACAACAGAGGUUGCAUCCAAAGAACUGUCUUGGUGUACGGCAGUUUGCAGAAACUAUGAUGUGCACCACGCUUUAUGAUUCAGCCAACAGCUUUGUUCACCAGCACUUUGUUGAGGUAUCCAUGUCCGAGGAGUUCCUGACCCUUCGGCUGGAGGAGGUGCUUGAGCUUGUGGGCUGUGAUGAGCUCAACGUCCAAGCAGAGGAGCAGGUGUUUGAGGCCGUACUUGCUUGGGUACGGCAUUCACGUGAAGACCGGGAGUUACGGUUACCAGAGUUAAUGUCUAAAACCCGUCUGCCUCUAUGUCGACCACAGUUCCUUGCUGACCGAGUCCAACAAGAUGAGCUUGUACGCUGCUGCCACAAAUGCAGGGACCUUGUCGAUGAGGCGAAAGAUUACCAUCUGAUGCCAGAGCGAAGGCCACAUCUCCCAGCCUACAAGACCCGACAGAGAUGUUGCACAUCCAUCGCUGGCUUAAUCUAUGCGGUUGGGGGUCUCAAUAGUGCUGGUGACUCCUUAAAUGUCGUGGAAGUAUUUGAUCCAAUUGGAAACUGUUGGGAGCGAUGCCAACCUAUGAGCACAGCCCGCAGUCGAGUGGGUGUUGCUGUCGUGAAUGGGCUGCUUUAUGCCAUUGGUGGUUACGACGGUCAAUCACGGCUUAGAACUGUAGAAGUUUACAACCCAGAAACUGACACGUGGACCAAAGUUGCGAGCAUGAAUACUCAACGCAGUGCAAUGGGAACUGUCGUAGUUGAUGGGCAUAUAUAUGUGUGUGGUGGAUAUGAUGGCAAAUCUUCUCUGAAUUCAGUUGAGUGCUAUUCUCCAGAGACUGACAGAUGGACAAUAGUUACAGAAAUGAGCGCAAGCCGCAGUGCUGCUGGUGUUACUGUAUUUGAAGGCAGAAUAUAUGUUUCAGGUGGUCAUGAUGGUCUACAGAUCUUCAACACGGUGGAGUACUACAACCAUCAUACAGCAUUAUGGCAUCCUGUCGCUCCCAUGAUAAACAAGCGCUGUCGGCAUGGCGCUGCAGCCUUGGGCAGCAAUCUGUAUGUGGCAGGAGGUUACGACGGCUCUGCGUUCCUCAGUGGAGCAGAAGUGUACAGCUCAGUAGCAGAUCAGUGGAGUCACUUAGUGGCCAUGAACACUCGACGCAGCCGCAUUUCUCUGGUGGCCAAUUGUGGUCGACUCUAUGCAGUGGGAGGUUAUGAUGGACAGUCCAAUCUCAGCUCUUUGGAAAUGUAUGACCCAGAAACGAACCGUUGGACGUUUAUGGCACCGAUGGUUUGCCAUGAAGGCGGGGUAGGGGUGGGCUGUAUUCCCUUACAGCCCGCCUAACGCCACAGUCUCCCUCAGCUCAUAAGGACAUUUUAAUUAUUUAAAAAAAACAAACAGGUUUUUGUACUGUGUGGUCUAACAAAAUGCAUUCAUGACCCUUGGUUCACAUGUUUGUAUCAGAGGUACUAUUAUUCAGGCUUUUUUUUUAAAAAGCCUAACGCAGAUAUGCCAGUACACCUUUAAUGGUGACGUAAUCCUGUUUUUUUGUUUUGACAACCAAAUGUAGACUUCAUACACACUUUGAAAACAUUUACAGGAAAUGGGGCACACUUCUGUUAAAAAGCACACUUUUGCACUGUUAUCAGAUAGUGUGUAUUGUGGGCCCAUUAAAGUGUCAGUUGUUGGGGAAUAUCAUCAUAUAUACAUAUAAAUUUGUAAUUUUAUUCCUCUAAACUGGAAGCCAAUUGAGAUUUCUAGACAGGUGAAAGUUAACCACUGUUAACCCAUGCCAUAAUUGGGAGAGUAUAAUCAAGAAGGUAUGAUUAAUAAGGAUAAACUUGUUUUUAAUUAUGUUUUAUCAAGAAUCUGUCUUACUUAGAAGUACUAAUUGUAUUUUAUUUGGGAUAUUAAUGGAAAGGUAAUGUGAGCAACUGACCUCUUAUGUGUCUCUGCAAAACAUCUGCUAGAUGUGCCAUGAAUUUACACUUUACAUGGGACUGUAUUUUGAUUUCACCACUUUAUUGACUUGAAUUCUCUUAAAUUUGAAAGAAAACGUCAAUUUUUUUUCAAUUUGGGGAUGACCAAUCACCAGCUCUGUAUCCUGUAUGGAUGGGUUGUGGUGCACCCAUCCAAUCCCAUAUCUUACUCUUUAAUUUGUCCUUUGUGUUUUUGAGAACCAGCACACAUACCAGGGAGAGUGAAACUGACGUAGGACUCUUGUCAGAUAUGUGCUUUCAGGAUUAUUCACUUUAGUGGCUUCACAUCCUCUUAUUGAACUAUGAGUGUUGAAGAUUUAAAUGGAACAUUCCCUCAUGUUUUGUGCAAAAAAUAUCCAAAUUAUGUUUUAUGACUGUAUAGACAUAUAUACGUUUUCAACUCUAUGCUUUUAAUUUCAAAUAACAUCUGAAAUUAGGAUUACUGACUGUGAAUUUUUAACACGGUUUAUAUUUUUCUUCUCAUACUGCAUUUGUCUGCUGAUUAUAUUUUAUGAUUUAUUUUGUAUUAACUUCCAAUUGUGAUGCAGUAUUUCUACUUUUAAUUUAUUAUUAGCUGUACUUUUUCCUCUUUUUAUAGCAUUGCACAUGUUUGUCACAUAAAUGAGAAUCAAGUUUACGUUUUACAGAAAUCUAAUAUAUAUAUAUGGAUCACAUCUCUGUAUGUGUUUGAAUAUAUUCCUCGGCUACCUCCGUUUGAGAUGGGAGAGCUCAACAGGGACAAGCAUCGAGUCUGCCGCCCUGUUACCUUUUAAAACAUUUCCAUUAAACCCGAAGGAACGGCAUUAACUGAGAUCUUUUGUGUGGGACUAAAAUAUUCUUUUUCACGUAAUUCCUAAAUGUCUUAAAUAAACAUUGAUUUUAAGGACACAAUGCUGCCCUGUGCCGUAAUUUUCUCUGUGACGCACAACAGCUUUGGUUCCCACCCUUUGAGUGGUGUUUUAAUUGAACAGGCGUUUGUCUGUUCACUGUUAGUAUGAGACUGAAGAUGACUGGGAACAUGAAAAAAGCCCUGCUGCUGUUGCUGCUCAUCUCUGUGCUGAAAUUCUCAGCUGCUUUUCCUAUGGAGCCACUUCAAAAGACACCUGUACUGAUCCAACCAUCAGAUCCACAGCCGUCAGAAAGUGUAACGCUAGGAAACGCACAGGACAUGAGGGUCAGCAGUCUUGGAUUUCGUCUGAAAAGAGCCAGUUCUGCUAACACAAAGAAACCGGCCCGUUACUGUGCUGGAUGCUUCUCUGUCAUUGGAGACCCAACGAGACCAGAGAAAUGAAAACUGCUGUAUCUGCUGAAUG